AUGCCAUAUGAAACGGGUUACGAUGCAAUACAUAUGUAUUUAAGUGAUGUGAGUUCACAUUUGGUUGCUAAGACUGGAAUACCAACAGACAGAUAUCAUCUCGGCAAAAUCCUACUGCAUUGCUUUCAAGAUGAUCCAGAUUUUAUUUUGCAGAUUGAUGGAGCAAAAGACAUAACAGAAACGGCUGGUUCAGUACUGGACAGGUCCGUUCGAUGUGCGAUUGCGUUCAAGAAACUAGGCCUUGAAAAGGGAGAUGUAAUAAUUUUGACAGGACUCAAUCACAUAGAUCUCUGUAUCCCGUAUUAUGCUGCAUUGUACCUUGGAGUCGUGGUUGCAGCAAUAGAUCCAACGUUUGGCGUCAAUGAAUUAAGGGACGCUUUUACCAUCACAAAGCCAAAAAUAAUAUUCUGUGAGGGCAACAAAACUGAUGUUAUUGAAAAAGCUUUAAAAUGUGCUGAAUUAGAAGCCAAAAUAGCAGUCUUUAGUGAGGGCAAUGAAUUUAUGACCCUAUCGAAAUGUAUCAUGAAUAUUGAUGACAAUGCAGUUAAGGAGUUCCGACCCUCAGAUUUCGACCCCGAAGAGACUCCAGCAUUGCUGACAUCAACGAGUGGGACCACCGGUUUACCUAAGGCUGCAAUUUUAACUCACAAGAACCUGUUCAUUGGGUUGUCUUACAUGUGGUUAUCACUGGGAUCUAAAUUCCCCACUCCGACAAAUAUAAUUUUAUCCGUGUCGCCUAUUCAAUGGUUGACAGCUACGUUUGUGAAAUUGUUCAGUCCAAUCUUGAAGGUAACACGACUUCAAUCAUCGGAAAUUAUGAAUCCUGAACUGUUUGUGCACCUAGUUAAUAAAUAUAAGCCUGCCUACAUAAUAACGAGCCCUCUGACGUUUCAAAAUGCGUUGGCAUCUAAUGAUAAAUGUGACUUCACAUGCUUUAAGAGUAUUUUGCUAGGAGGCCUCCCAGUUUCUCCUGAUCUCGUCGAUAAAUUAAAAGAACUGGCUCAAACUGAACGUGUGUAUUCAGUAUACGGAAUGAGUGAAAUUAGUGGUCCAGCAUUACAACACAAUUUUCCAGCAGUCAAAGGUUCAUGUGGCCAUGCAGCAGGACAUUUAGAAUAUCGGCUUGUGGACCCAGACACAAAAGAAGAUGUUAUUUCUAAAGCUAAUACACCUGGAGAGUUAUGGCUUCGAGGACCUUCAGUAUUCAAAGGCUACUACAAAGACCCUGAAAUGACAGCAAAUACGUUAACUGAAGACGGCUGGUUCAUGACCGGAGAUAUAUUGUACAGAGAUGAUUAUUGGCAUUUUUACUUCGUAGACCGAAUAAAGUCUUUAUUGAAAUAUAAGAGCUAUCAGAUAUCACCAUCAGAGGUAGAGGCUGUGAUUAAGAAACACCCCGGUGUGUUGCAUGUCUUUGUUACUGGAAUACCGGACGAGAAUUGUGGGGAUCUUGUAGUGGCUUGUGUCAUACCGAAACCUGGUAGCAAACCUUCAGCUCAAGAGAUCAAGGACAUUGUGAAAGAAUCACUGUCGGACUCGAAACAGCUUAGAGGCGGCGUUGUAUUCUUUAAAGAAUUCCCCAUUACCAGCAAUUUAAAGAUUAAUAAAAAGAAAUUACAAGAUAUGGUACUUACAAUGGAUAGAGAAUGA